GUCCCCAGUCCCCAGUCCCCAGCCCCCAGCUCAUCGCGUUUCAUAUCCCUCCGCCUUCUAGGCUUCAGGCUUCUACACCCCCCAAUCCACAGACCAGUAGACCACAGCCACGAUGACUCUUCUGUCAUCUUCAGCUUCUGCUUCUCGGUCUUCGUUUCUCCUCUUUGCUCUUUCUCUCGUCCUCCUCCUCCUCCUGUGCCGUUCCACACUGACCCAUGCUACGAGUCCUGGCUUCAUUCUGACAGUGGUCAACAACUGUCCCUUCACCAUUUGGCCUGCCAUCCAGCCAAACGCCGGUCACGUCGUUCUCGAGCGCGGUGGCUUCGCCCUCCAAACCCUAACCCACAGGUCCUUCCCCGCUCCGGCUCACCAUUGGUCCGGUCGCCUGUGGGCUCGGACCGGUUGUACCUACUCCAACGGCCGCUUCUCCUGUGCUACGGGAGACUGCGGUGGCCGCCUCGAGUGUAAUGGCGCCGGUGGGGUCACUCCCGCUACCCUGGCGCAGUUUAGCCUCCACCAUGGCCACAACGAUCAGUCGUCCUACGGUGUCAGCCUGGUGGAUGGGUUUAACCUGCCGAUGACGGUGACCCCGCACGAAGGCAAGGGCGUUUGUCCAGUGGUGGGUUGCAAGGCUAAUCUGCUUGAAACUUGUCCCAAGAGCUUGCAGCUGAGGUGUCCCCCUGGUCACGGGCCUGUGGUGGCGUGCAAGAGCGGGUGUGAGGCGUUUGGAACCGACGAACUGUGCUGCAGGAACCAUUACAACAGUCCGCAGACGUGCAAAGCGUCCAGCUACGCGGAGUUCUUCAAGCACGCCUGCCCAGCCACGGUCACCUACGCGCACGAUAGCCCUUCCCUCAUGCAUCAGUGCUCUUCGCCACGCGAGCUCAAGGUCAUUUUCUGUCACUGAAAUGUGACAAAAAAACCGAGGAGUGGGAAGGGCUUUGGCGAGCCUAGACACUUGCCCCGAUCCUGUCUUUAUUUUCUGUAAAUCUAUCUGCCUUGUGUCCUUCUCGUCUUUGUUGCUUUACUUUUUGCCUUUUGUUAAUGCAACUUUCAUGAUGCAAAUGUUUCUUAUCUUUUUCUUCU